GACCUCACUCUCUAUUUCGGUUUGGCCUCUCAUCAAAGUUUGCUUCCAUCUCUCUCUCUCUCUCUUUUGAAUUCAAUUUUUCAUUUCGAUUCAGUAAAACUGUGCUACUGUUUGAGAUUGCAGUGUAGAAAACUGGGUUCUAGUUCAACUGUUGAAAAGAAGUUCAGAGCUUUUGACGACAUGGUGUUUUUGGAUUGAUGAAGCAGAGUUUGGUUAGAAAUGGCUGGACUGAUCGGUGAUGGCAACGGGUGCUAGAAGAUGAACAAACAGAACGAUGUCAAAGAAUUAACCAGGGGACAGAAGAGGGACAGAGGAAAAGGGGACACUGGAAUUGUACACACUUUGCUUGUCAUGCUCUACUCUCAAUCACAGUAGAGGAGCAUUGGAGGCUGACAUGGAUGAGUUGAUGAAUAUCGGCAGUCUCAAGGACAGAGGAAAAAGACCUAGGAUGUACAUUGAGAAGAAACAACCUAGCAAACUCAGUUUUUUUAAUUUUUUUACAAUUAAAUCUCAAGAGAUGAAGGAGAAAAACAUUAAGGUGGAUGUUAUGGUUAGGAGACAGCUGGCUAAUACAUGGAGGUCUAUGAAACCUGAAGAGAAGGCAAAGUAUGCUGGGUCAUAUCCAUGUGUUAAAGUUGGUUGUAGGGAAUUCAGACAUGAUUUUUGUGGAUUGAAACCUAUAAUCACCCAAUGUCGUCCGGAUGUUUUUAAAGAUGUCAUUUCAACAUUUUCUGAUGAAAGAAAAGCUGCAGUAGAAGAAAUGGGUUUUGGGUUACUAUUGCAGCUUCGCUGUGACCAAUUGCAGUGCACCUUGUGUGGUUGGUUGGUUGAUAGAUUUGAUGCUGAUGCAUCUUCAAUUGAGGUACAUGGUAAGACAUUCAAACUUAAACCAUCUGACUUUGAGAAUAUAAUGGGGGUCAAAGAUGGAGGACAUGAUGUUGAGCUAAGUGACUCAGAGGAUAACAACAUACACGGAUUAAAGAUUAUCCGUUGUGGAAAAGAUAGAAAUCAAAUAAGUAUGAGAGAAAUAGCAAAGAGGUUGAGACAGACAAAUAUUGUCGAUGACACCUUUAGAGUUGGGUUCGUGUUAUUUUUGCUGGGCACCUUGCUCUGUCCUUCUUCAAUUAUAUUGGCUUCAAAGUACCUGCAACCAUUAAGGGGAACGAGUGAUAUAAAACUCAAAAAUUGGGCGACAUUCUCAUUCAAAUAUCUAGUUGAAGGUGUUAGUUCCUUUAAGAAUAGAAAACGAUCCUGUGUGAUCAAUGGAUGUGUACUAUUCUUGCAGCUCUUUUAUUUUGAUCUCAUUGUUCAUGGAAGAACGUUUGUAAAUAGGUCAUUAGCACCCAUUGUUGCAUGGGGAGAUAAGGAGGCAAAUGAAUUAAUUAAGUGGAUCAGGACUCACAAAGGGGGUUUUGAAAGUGUGGACAUUACUGUUGUUUCUGACCGUACAGCCUUGAUCAGCAAGGAAGAUGAGGUGGCCCUGAAGAAUGGUCUUGGGAGUGUACACAUAAAGGUUACUGCAAAUGAACGGAUGCAGCGAAAGACAAAUGAUGAAAUGAAAGUGGCUGAAUUGGAAGCUAAACUUGACAGUGAGAUGAGCAAAAUUGAAGGCCUUACUUACUGGCAAGUCUUUCAAGCUACUAACAUUUUGGCUACCAGAUUUGACCUGCUGAGCGCGUUCCUUCCCAUGUCCCAGGAAAGGAAGAAGGAUUAUGUUUUAUAUCUCUUAGAGCAUGGCACCCAUGGCUUGUGAGUGAUAUACCAUGGUUUUCACCUUUUGUUGUGGAUACAUCCAUAGUAAUUGAGCACUUUUUGUAGUAACCAUGCUUAACAGGGAGUGUUAUACAUGCAUCUUUAUACUUGGAUUAUUGGUGGGAGAACUACAUAUAUGUCUGCAUCUAAAGGAGUUGGUUCUAUGAAAUAGAUUAUCACGUUUUGAAGCAUAUUAUUGUGGGUUCAUUGAAACAUGUUUCUGUAUAUACUUGUGAAUUAAGAUAAAAGUAAUUGGAAUGAGAGUGAGUUAAUGAUAUUUGUAGUCGGUAUUAAACU